AAAAGUCAAUAUGAAUAAAAUGUAAGCCAGUAAAGUGUAACAUCUGUGACAGAAAGUAUGGGUUUAUAAAAGUGAAAUCCUGACAACUUAUACGUAUAUAUAUAUAUAUAUAUAUAUAUAUAUAUAUAUAUUAAUAAGAUUAGUAAGAUCGACGUCGUGUAAACUGUAACUGACAUUUCGAGGAGAUUAUUGUUAAGCGAUAAAAGUAACUAUUAGACUAUUAGUAUAGCUAUUGGGUCUUUUAAAAUAGUGUAGAUGUACUAGCACGAUAUUAAAGAGCGAAGAGGGAGGAGUGAUUGAUUAUGAGCCGUAGUUGAGGGGGGAGUUACGAAGGACGUUUCUCGUGGUUGUUACUUAUUCAAGUUAAUGUAUUAAGUCAAGUCAGUCGGCAGUCCAAGUCCGAGUGUUGUUGCCGUUGCAUUGUUCGCUCUAUUGGGUCCAAAAAAAAAAAAAUAUUUUUUUGACAAGUGAGGGUUAAAGUAAUUGAGCGUAAAAGUGACAAAUAGAAAAGUGGGACAAAUAAAUAUUAUCGUAAGAAAUAAUAAUCAGUGGGAGGAAGAGGAGGAAUAGAUCCAAGUCCAAGAUUAAGAUUAAGACUAAGAAUAAGAAGGAAGAACAAGAGUAAGAGUAAGAAUCUUAGUACGCGCAUGGUCUGUCCCGGAUCGGAUUGCCGAGUGGGGUAUUUGGAUGGUGAUUAGAAGAGUCGGCGCGUUCCUGGCUGCUGGUCAAUCGCAACACAAUGUCGGGAAUACUAUACACACUGCUCGGUAUCGCAGCGAGCGCGAGUCUUCAUUGUGCGGUCAGACGCGAAAUAAGUCCCUGCACUUGUAGACAGGAAAAGUAUUCACCCCCGACGGGGAUCGUGACAUCCUCCAGCAGUGUCUCCGAGGCCCCGACGAUCGUCCCCCAAGGUGUUGCUGUUUUAACCAGUCUUUCCACUCGCACCGCGGGCGAUGGGGGAGGGGGAGGGGGUGGUGGUGGUGGUGGUGACUCUAAUUCUAAUUCUGGUUCUGGUGGUAGUGGUGCUGCUAAGCCUCCCAAGUAUGGGGAGAAAAUCUCGGUUAUGUGUGAAAAAAUGGAAUCCUUUGGACAGGUCGCGGACGCCCUACGUGGCAAAUUUACCCCCGGCCAGCAGAUCGUACUCAAAAUAUCACAUUCACAGCUCAAGGAUAUCUCCAGGCACGACUUCAAGGAACUACAGAUGUCUAUUUCGAGGCUCGAGCUCAACUAUGAUCACCUGAGUAAUAUAGACGGAGAAGUAUUUGCUGGUUUAAGUAGAACAAUGUAUUUAAAUUUAGCAGACAAUGAAAUCCCAUCGAUACCGCGACAUAUAUUGUCGCACUUACCCCUGCUGAUAACACUAGAUCUCAGCAGGAAUCGGAUAACUCGGAUCGAUGUCAAUGACUUCAAGUACAAUCCGUCAUUGCAGCAAUUGUUGUUGGCCGGUAAUCCAAUAACUGAAAUGAUACCUGGAUCGUUACCACCCAGAAUAAAUAAAUUACAUGUUGGAAGAAAUCAUUUACGUACAUUAAAUCGUACACUUUGUGAUCUAAAUCAAUUGGAAUGGUUGUUUAUAAAUUCCAACGAGCUAACGUCUCUCGACGGGGAAUUACCCACGUCAGGCCAUAACUUACGCAUGUUACACGCCAUGGAAAAUAAAUUGACUCAUCUACCGCCGGAAUUUCGUCAACUACAUCGGCUAGAAAUGUUAUUCCUUCAGCACAACAAAAUACGUAGCCUAGAUGGUACGCUUCAAAAAGCGUCAAACCUUAAAUACUUGGAGCUAUCUUACAACGAGCUACAAGAACUCACGGCUGAGGACUUUGUCGAGGCCGAGCUCCUGGAGGACCUUGAACUGGGUCACAAUUCCCUAAAGUCGCUCGGAGGCGACACUAACGGUAACGGGGACGGAAACGGCAGCAAAAGCGCUCUGUGGCCUCUCAAGUCUCUCAAGAGUCUCAAUUUGACGCACAAUGAGCUCACCGAAUUCUCCUUUGUCUCACUUCGCGGGCUUAAGGAACUUCGUCUUAUUGAUCUCUCCAGCAAUCAAAUCGCGCGCGUUUAUCGGGGUCCUAUUGAAAACUUGGUUGACGAAGACGGAGAAGAAAUACCUGGCGCAAGUAUUCAAGAGCUUCGUUUACAAAACAACAAACUUCAAACUUUAGAAGAUUCAUUGUUUGUCGGAAUGCGAGAAUUACAAAGAUUAAACUUAAGUCACAAUGCUUUAGGUCCAACAAUUGGCUCACAAAAAUUCCGUGGGCUUGAAAAUUUACGUAAUUUAGAUUUGUCACACAAUAAACUUACAACUCUUGACGAUAUUUCUGAAGCAAGAUUACCAGCCCUUGAAGAAUUAAUAGCUACACAUAACAGACUAGUAACCUUAUCAGAUCGGGACUUCCGCGGUUUUCCAAUUCUUUGUUCCGCGGACCUAACAAUGAACGCUAUUCGGUCGUUAACCGCGGAAUUAGUCGCGAAUACGCGUUGUACAGUCCACGGUGUUCCUGAUAUUCUACGAAUAUAUCUCCAAGACAACCCGGUGCUGUGCGACGCAGCAUUAGUGGACCUGACGGUCGCAUUAGAGGUAAACUACGCAAAGGUGUACGGAACGGCCAAGCAAUGUCCCACAACAGUGGAAACCCCCGUUACCGAGGCGACGUCUUUUGUACCGAUCCAGCCCUCCUCGGAUUUGUUCUACGUUCCAGCGAUCGCCGUUGCCGAUACCUCCGCUAAUAUUUCAUUCGCUGCGACACUCGAGCAAUAAUUAGUUGUAAACAAUUUAUAAUUAUAAUUAUAAUAAUAAUAAUGUUAAUAUUGAUAUUAAUAAUAAUGAUAAUAAUAUUGAAAAUAACAGCUAAACAAACUAAAAGGUUAACAGAUAAUAAGUGUCCCGUGAUAAAAAAUAGAUUAAAGAUUUAAAAAAAAAUUUUUUUUCACAACUGAGUCACUGAAAAAUGAUUAGAUUAAAUUGAGUUUGUUUUUUUGAAUAAAAAUAAUUCGGAAUAUUUUUGAGAACCCGCGGAUAAAUUUGUAUUACUAA